UUUGAAUCGUCCGAUCGAACAGACUGAAGCCGUUUUUUUUCCAACAUUCAAUUAAAUACUUUAACGAAUAGUCACAGAAUGCAAGGGCGUUAUCCCCCCGCAGUGAGGCAAAAGUAUUUCUACGCUAAUAGAUCGAGAUCGCUCAGCGCAAUUACCUGCUACCCAAACGGAUACCCAACUGGUUCUGUUUGCCAACACGCGCUUCCAAGUUCUUCAUUGAGCACUGGCGCUUCAGUGCUUUCAUCCUCAGGUGACUCCGGAAUCUCUAAAUCUUGGGCACCAAAACCGCAAGGCAAUUCUACAGUUCUGCAACAUCUCCACAAACAUGCUUCAACUUUCGGACUAGACGUGUCUUCUCUCCAGUCCAGAGCAGAUCCCUACAGUUGCGCAGAAAAAAUGGAUGAAAAAAAAAUGUCGAAUCAAGGUGACAACAUCCAUCAUCAAGGCCCAGCAUUCUUGUCAUGGAGGAAGUUACACCUUAGCAAAGCCAAGCUGAAAGCAGCGAGUAACACGUCAGCACUUUUGGCAGGAUUUGCAAUGGUAGCAGUUGUUGAAAUACAAUUAAAUAAUAAUAAUCCUGGAGGUGAACAACUUCCAAAACCCCUUUUGUUUUUAUUUGCUAUUUGCACAACUAUGCUAGUCGCAGUACACAUGCUAGCAUUGCUCAUUUCUACCUGCAUUCUACCCAACAUGGAAGCCAUCUCCAACUUACACAUACUUAGUUUGGUGAAUGAAUCUCCUCAUGAAAAGAUGCAUAUGUAUAUUGAACUCGCUUGGGGGUGCUCAACAGUGUUGGGUAUUUUACUCUUCAUGGUUGAAGUUGCAAUCCUUUGUUGGAUUCAAUUCUACAGUGUUUUAAAAGAAGCUGCCUAUGUUGCCACAGCAAUUUUGGUUCCAUUUGUCAUUCUUUUCAUUUGGUUCGCAAUCAUCUUUUAUCGAAAUCUAGUUGCACAUACCUACGAGACGAGGAAGUGUGGCAUUCAAGAACUUGAAGAACUGAAGCACGUUCUUGAAAUGGGCGAUGAGUUGACCACUCGGGAAAUUCGCAGUAGCCCAUUGGUCAAUAUUUGAAAAAGUUGUAGUUCCCCUGAAAGUUGAUUGUCAUUAUUUCAAAUUUUCUUUUAAAUUAAGCACACAUUUACUGCCGCAGUUGAAUUUCGAAUUACUCACCUAUUCGAGGCAGUCCAUUCUUGUUGUUUUCAUCCACUUUUUCUACUACUACUAUUAUGCAAAUCGUCGAGACUAUAUACUAGAAAUAAUUCCUUGGAAAUCGGAUAAACAGUAGUCAAUUUCUGAAGAGGUCUAGUGUCUAAAUUUUUCAAAUCAAGAUGAAAAUUCGGAAUCCAGGGAAUUACUGCUAUGUAACCUCGACACAAGUUAAAAUUUCCCUGUAAAAAUGUGGAAAUUUGUCUUCCUACAUAUAUUCUUUGUUUGAUUGAGCUUGAGCAAAGUUACAUUCACAAUUAAAAUAAUACCCACCUUUUGUUGUUUUUAAUAAUAUUUUUUGAUUUUUUCUUCACAAUAUCAUUUGGUGUAAAUAAUAUACUUCAAAAAAUGAUAAAAUAAUCAUCCACUGGAAAGUGAAAAUUGUUUUACUGAUUAUUUUAUGACCCUCGGCGUAAUUCUCAGAUUGUUAUCUUUAGUCUAUGGGAAGCUCGCCUCCAAUGCUCGCAUUACACACACAAAAAUAGCUUCGUAAAAUGUCUUGAUUAUUUCGAGUAUUAUAAAAUUCAGAAUCCCCUUCGCAAAAACCGUAAAUCAGCACGAUUGUCCCAUAGGUUGCGCUGAAUCAAAUGCUGGAAAAUCGUAGCCGUAGCAGACGACACUUUGUUACUAAAUUUCAACGUACUAUUUGUGACGCGUGUUUGUUUUGAAUAUACUUCGCGACGCUAAUUCUUGAUCAGUUUUAAAUGCCCGGAGGAUCAGGGUGUUUUAUACCAUAUUGUGAUACAGGAAGGAAAGGAUGUACAGAAAAGAGAACAGUGUUCAGUGUUCCUCGAGAUGUUGAAUUGUUUAAAAAAUGGAGAGAAGUUGUGCCUAAAGCUCAAAGGGAACUUGGCCCAAAUGAUAAAGUUUGCCAUGUACAUUUUGCUGAGAAUGACAUCAGAAAAGGAUUAAGGGUUGUUGUUGGGGGAAAAGAAGAUAUUUUCCCCAUGCUUUGGAGGCUAAAGCCAACAGCAGUUCCUCAAUUCUUCCCUAGCAAAAGUCUUGAACCGAACCUCAUUCCCGAAGGCUAUCGUUCUAAGCGGAUACGAAAGGGCCCUCGAAAACCGAUUGAGAAUCCCUCAAAAAUGGCUAGAUCUAGCGAGUCUACUGAAAACUUAAUUGAAAACGCUACGAGUAUCCCGUCAAACGGAAGUGAUAUGCGUGAAGACGAAUUCUCGAGCUUUAAUUCUCGAAUAGGUCAAGAAGAAUCAGUGCCCUCAACAGACACAGGAUCGACAAACAUUUCUUUUCAAAACGUAGUCAAACAAUCCACCGAGGAAACAACAAACACAACUACAGAUGUAUCGACUGGUCAAAGUAGCCGACCAUCGUUUGUGGAUCCACAACAAGCAAAGUUACCACCAUCUUGGAAUUGGCAUUCCAUUGAACAUCCUCAAAAAAGACAACUUUGCCUGUUGCCAUCCGUUAGCUUGGGAGAAGUUAUUGUUGUUAAAGCUAUCGAAAUAACAACGAACAACUCUGUUCUUUACUAUGUGUUUGGUAAAAGAUUCGACUCAGUGGAUCUGGAAUACCGAUUUCAAUCUUUAUCUGAAUUUGAAGAAAUUCUCAACAAUUUUGAUAAAGCUAAGACAUGUAAAGGAUGUAUGGAUUCAACAUUUCUCAAUAUUAAAUUCUGUGCAAGUGGGCAUUAUCAUGGUGGUGUGUGGCGCUCAAAUAAAUGCCAACUUUUGGAUAAAUCUACCUGUUACGAAUGCGUCAAGCUUAGAAAUAUCCUUAAGCCAAGAGCUAAGAAGAAAAACAAGGAAACGAAUCUUUAUUCUCCUGUUUGAUUUCACAACUCUUGCCUACGAUUAUACAAAUGUGGAUUAUUUUUUUAAUACAAAGAAAUCCUUCAAUGUU